UUUCAAAAAUUACACCGACCCAUGGAAUGACUGCUGAAUAUUUAUGGGGGCGCUGCAUUGUGCCAAUAUGGCCGUCAAUAAAUGUACACACACGCGCUCACACAUGCCCAAAUAUGCUGGUGUGCCGUUGAUGUCUUGCCAUUCACUAGCGUCUUCAAUUUCGGCCGUUCAAUUUGGCGUCCAUCUAAUGUGAUUUCGAGUUGUGCUGAAUCGCGCUUUUCAAAUUGUUUUGUCAAUUAAAUAUUUAGUAAUUCAUCAAAACUGGAGUUUUCGAAGAUUCGUUUUAGAGAGGUAUUGAGGAAAUGUGACUAGUGUGAUUUAAACAACAGAUAUUAUUCCGCCAAUAUGCAAUUCGUUAUACCUCUGAGGAAAGACGACCUUCUGAAACGCCGACCUGGCCAGUAUCAUGUGAAGGAUAUUACCUCUGUACAUGCCAUCACACUCGCAUUGGAUGCGACAAGGCCCAGUCUCAGCAAUGAAGGUCCAAAAUUCAUUCUCAAACACUUUGACGAUUUCUUCUCAGUUCUUAUCCAUGGAACCAAACUGGAGAACUUCCAAACAGUUCGUGCUUUCGAUAGACUAUCAAAGGCCGUAGAGUUCCUCGUAGGUGAUAUGGAAAAGAAUUUCCCUACCGGCGAAUCUCGUACAGAGUACCUCUGUAUGAAUAAGAUGUACGCGUACCUUCUCUGCUCGCUGAUGUGCUCCUUGGAGGACAAAACGGCAAACCUCGAGAUAAUCUCCCAGGACACCAGGAAAAAGAAGAAAAACUCCAAAGCGCCAGAAAGGGAAGAGUGGGAGCCUCGUAGAGACAAGACCCUGCUCACCAUACACCGUUGGCUGCAACUCCCUCUGCAGAACCUCUGGACACCACCAAUUGUCGAAGAAGCAUUCGUUCAGCUGAUAGCCGAUGUUUGCUACAAAAUUCUGGAGAACGACAAGGAGAAUAAAGGAAAAUCCGACGUCAGAACGACAAUCUUUCAGAUUCUCGGAGUGCUUGUCAAACGAUACCUCCACAACAUUACCUGUACCAUUAAAAUUAUCCAACUGGUGAAAAUGCACGAGUCCUUGGGGUCCUAUCUAGCUCAGGGUGUCGUUGAAAUGGUUUCUUCAAACAACUGUCCAGGAUUCAUAGUUGAGCUGGCCAGAGAGAUUGAACAGACGAGUCUCGAUGAUACCUCAGCAAGAAAUGUUUCCUCAUUUCUGGAGACAAUAGCAACAAUCAAACCGGAACUGGUCUUUCUCAUCCUCAACAACAUUACUGAUUAUCUCUCAAACGACUGCUACUCCAUGAGAAUCUGCGCGAUAAACGUCUUGGGAGUCGUCAUAUUAAAAGCCCUAACGGGAAAUGAUUUGCCUAAUGAACAAAGAAUAAAACGCAACGAGUGUUUCGACCUCCUCGAGUCCCACACAGCAGACAUCAAUACCUACGUUCGGUCCAAAGUGUUCCAGGUCCUACAGAAAUUGUGCUGCGAGAAAGCCAUUCCUGUAGAGCGUUUCGCCUCUAUAAUGAGGAGGACUGUUCAGCAUCUAACUGAAAAAUCAGCGACUGUUCGUAAACAAGCACUUGUUCUCCUUAGAGUGUUAUUAGAGGGCCAUCCGUUCAAGACUUUUAUCGAUAAGCACGAGGUAGAAAAGAAGAUAGAAGAGUUCCAGAAUAAAUAUGAUAAAAUGCAGGAGGACAUCGUGGCUGCAUCAGGUAGGGGACAUGAGGAACGCCUCGAGCUCUGGAAGAAACUGUCCCCAGAGAUAGUUAAAGCCAUUAAAGAUUGUAUUGCUGAUCAAGACGACGAGAGUUCGGAGAACGAGGACGAGGAUGAUGAGGAGGACGAUCUAGACGAGGAUGAGCAAUACGAGUACAUACGUAGUCUAAUUAUUCAGAAAAGCUUUCAUGCAGCUGUGAAGAAGCUCAUCAAGAUCAUGAGGAAGGAGGACGUAGCAGCUGACAUUCUUGAGGAUAGCCAGAAAGAACGAGCCUAUCUUCACAUGAUGCUCUUUAUUUUUAUGGAGUCUUCCUCUUCCAAAGACGAUAAUGAACAGCAAGAGACCACGGCCGAUUUCAGGGAUCAAGUAAAGAAGAUAAUCUCUCUGAAGAAGAUUCUAAUAUUUUUCACGAAUGCAAAGAUCUUUGCAACUGAAAUCGAAAAUGCACUGAGUCAAAUCAAGUUGUUGCUAUGCUCUCCGACAGUUACCGUGGCUGUGGAAGCCUGUACUUUAUUGUCAACGGCGGUGAAAAUGAAAAUUCCAGGGGCAGAUGCGGGGAUCAGAAGAGCUUUGUCUCAAGUCUUCAGCAGGGAGGAAUCAGUUCGAAAUAAUGUGGCGAUUAUUUACAGGGACAUCUACUUGAUGAACAACAAUAAGAAGGCGACAAUAUCUUCGACCGUUGCUGGACUCAUAAAUCUCUUCAGAGGUCUCGAACCUGGUCAAAGCCCAGCAUUAGCUCAUCUCAUAGCCAUUUGGCUUGAAAAUAAGGACUUAAAUGACGAUCACCUUCUCAUGAUGUGGCAUACCUUUGCUAAAAAAAUACCCGGAGCAACAACGGAAGACAGUAGAUCAGCAAUUUCUCUCCUUGCUAUGGCAGCUAAGACUCGACCAUCCAUCAUCAGUGGAAACAUCAAUGUUCUGGUCGAAGUGGGCCUGCAGACUGAAGGUGAUCAGGACCUUCUACUUUCUCGAGACUGCUGCCGUGCUCUUCUCACCAUCAAGACGAUGGACGUAUUGGCCCCUCCACUCAGGCAUCCGAACGAUCACAAAAUCUUCAUGAACAUUUCCAUUUUAUUGAAGACUAACCCCGAAGCUUUCGAUGUGGACGUUUAUACCUCGUUUGCUCAUGAUGCCAUCAGCGUUAUUUAUCAUCUUGCUAAUCAACCGGAAAAAUUGAUAAAAGAUAUUUUGACCGAGCUGAACCGCAAGUUGCGUGAACAAGAAGUCGAUUCGUUAGCUUUAGCUAAAUUUUUCUACAUCCUUGGCCAUGCUGCAAUGAGACAUAUGGUCUACCUCGACACAGCAGUUUAUAAAGAAUUGAAACGCAGGAAUACAAUAUUGCAAGCCAAGAAAGGAAGAAAGGUUGCUCGUUCCAGCAACGUCUCUAUCAUCUCAUCGGCCUCGACAUCACUCAUUUCAUCUGCUAGGAAAGCUAGAAGAUCGAUUCAUAAUCGCAAGCACAAUGAUAACGAAUCCAUGGUAAGCGAGGACGCUGGUGAGGAGGCAUUGGGGGGUGCCACAGCUGAUGACGCCGAUGCUGAGGCCAUUGAAACAGAGUUGGAAUCCAAUAUAAUGAAUGAUGAUGGAUUUUUCGGUCAGUUCGUUCCUGUCGUUGUCGAUGUCUGCCAGUAUCCAGAGAAAUACAAGUGUAAAUAUGUUGAGACAUUUGGGGUACAGGCGCUCACUAAAAUGAUGGCCAUAUCUGCUGAAUUCUGUCAACAGCACCUCCAGCUGUUGAUUACUAUUCUCGAGAGAUCUUCAUUUCCAGAGAUUCGAGGAAAUAUUCUAGUAGGUCUGGCUGAUCUUAUGACAAGAUUUCCCAAUGAAGUUGAGCCCUGGACUGCACAUCUUUAUGGGAGGCUGAGGGACAAGGAAGUGUCAGUGAGGAGCACUGCCGUCAGGGUACUCUCUAGUCUUGUUAAACGCGAGAUGAUAAGGGUUAAGGGGCAGAUGUCAGAGAUGGCUUUGUGCAUUGUUGAUGAGGAUCAGCAGAUCAGACUAGAUGCCAAGCAUUUCUUCAAUGACUUGGCUCAGAAGGGGAAUGUUCUUUAUAAUAUUCUUCCUGAUAUCUUAUCAAGAUUGACUACCACGGACGUGGAUAUUCCGGAGGAUGAUCUUCAUGAAAUUGUUAAGCAUAUUCUAGGAUUACUCUCCAAGGAAAGGGAGACCGACGCGUUGUUAGAUAAAAUUUUCCAGAGGCUGAAAAUGGCGACGACUGACAGACAGUGCAGGGAUCUCGCUUAUUGCUUGUCGUUGCUGCAAUUGGGAAAGAAAGGGAUUGCUACGCUCAUCAGUAAAUUGCCUCUAAUCAAGAAUAAAUUACAUAUCAGAGAGGUCCAGAAGGCUUUGAAAGACAUUGUUGAUAGUACCAGAAAAAAAGCAGAGGCCAGGGAAAAUUGUGCUCAAUUGGAGAGUGAGAUUGAAAAGGUAUUGAAUGAUGAGGAAGAGAAGGAUAAAGACAGAGAUGAUGAGGACCGGGAGGUGAUGCCACCACCUGCAGUACCAUUGAAAAGAACUGUCAGUAAGACCAAGGGCAAGAAAGAUAGGAAAAAAAAGACAAGGACUGACGACAGUGAUGAGGAAGUGGUGUCUGAGGGUGAGGAAGAUGCUGAUGAUGAUGCGGGUACUCAAAGGAAUUCGUCCAGUAUUCCCAGCAAGGAGAGUCUGAGAAGGAGGACUUCGUCGAGGUCAUCGAAGCGAAAAGAUUUAUCCCCAGAUAAUGAGGAGACUGAGUCAAGAAGCAAGAAGUUUUCCAACUCGACUCCAGGAACUUCUAAGGUGAAGGUUGAGGGGAGUGGACCCCUCAGACGAAGUUUGAGAAAAAAUCGGGAGGAUAGUUUCAUUGAUAAUCCUACUCCCAAACGUACAAAAAUCGACAGAAAAUAGUUUAUCUGAAUAAAAUACUUAGAAGUUCGUAAAAGAAGUUAUAAAAUAUACAUUGCAAUUUAUAUUCUUGUGUAAGCUAUUGAUAAAAAGAAUUUUUUAUACACUCGUCGAAUAUAUUUCUUUAUUAUUAUUAG